AUGCAGCGAGGCGACAACAUUCUUCCCUACACCGAAAUGGAGGAGCUCAUGCGGUGUGAUUUGUGUCAGGAGGAUGCGGCGGCUCUGUUUGCGUGGUCUUACGAGGCUGGAUUGGUGGACAAUGGCACCGAGUCCACCUUUGAGGACAACCUGUGCGUCGUGCCGUUCAUCACGUGUGUGCGGCUGAGGGAGGCGCUCGCGGACGGCGGUCCGCAGGAUGGCUACAUCAUCAAUCUGACAGGGCGACCCGAGGAUAUGGACGUAUCGGACGUGCCGCAGAUCCUGCAGCAGCGGGGGGCGCCUUUGGUGUUUUCGGAGGUGUUUUAUCGGCUGCGUCAUGUGGUGUGUUUCUGGGCUGCAAUGCUGGCUAUGCAGGGGAGCUUGGGCGAUGACAUCGCCAAAGUGACCUCUCUGCGCGCCUUCUACCUGUUUGAAGUGGUGAGCUGCAUUUGAGACGUGCACUCAUCCAUUCGCAUGCUUGUGUGUAUGUUAUUUUGCAGGACGGCUUUGAGGGCCCGCUUCCAAGCACUAUCGGCGAGCUGCCUUAUCUGAAGGGCCUGUACAUUAUGAACAUGGCUUCAAUCAGCAGGCCCAUCCCGCCCUCCCUCACGAGCCUGCCGAUUGAGUUGGGUGGCUGGAAGUCCAUGGAGGUCCUUGAUCUGUACAAUAACAACUUCAGCGGCCCCAUACCAGCAGAGCUGGGACAACUGUCUAAGCUACGACGACUGAGCCUCGGAAGCAACAGGGUAGAUACCGACACACACUCAUACCGACACAUGGACAUCAAUGACUGAAUCCAUACAUAUGAUCUCCCUCUCUAUGGAUGGAUGUCUGUGUAGUUGUCGGGUCUCAUACCAGCAGAGCUGGAACAACUUUCGAAGCUACGACAACUGUACCUCGCAAGAAACAGGGUAGAUACCGAUACACACUCAUACCGACACACACGGACAUCAAUGACUGAAUCCAUACAUAUGAUCUCCCUCUCUAUGGAUGUCUGUGUAGUUGUCGGGUCCCAUACCAACAGAGCUGGGACAAUUGUCUAAGCUACGACAACUGAGCCUCAGAAACAACAGCGUAGAUACCGACGCACACUCAUACCGACGCACGGACAUCAAUGACUGAAUCCAUAUAUAUGAUCUCCCUCUCCAUGGAUGUCUGUGUAGUUGUCGGGUCCCAUACCAGCAGAGCUGGGACAACUGUCUAAGCUACGACAACUGAGCCUCGAAAACAACAGCGUAGAUAUCGACAUAUGCUCAUACCGACACACGGACAUCAAUAACUGA